AUGGGCUUGCGUGAGAAAGACCAGAAGACCUACGAGGUCGGGGACAGCCUGCUCAAUAACAAGCCUGGACAAGCUGCAGCAACAGAAGAAGAGACAGAGGAAGACAAUGAAGGUGUCCCGACUGACAAGGGAUUUGCCUGGGUUAUUGUCUUCAGUGUUUUUACAAUAAUGACCAUAAUAAUCGGUUUCAUCCGGAGUCUGUCUGUGCUGUUUGUGGACAUCUCCGAAGAGUUCCAGGAGAAAGCCACCACAGUAUCUCUCAUGUUUACUGUCCAUUCUUUGUUUGGCAGCAUAUCCUCCAUCGUUACCAGUAGUGUGAUCAUGAACAAAGUCGGAGUGAGAACUAUCUGUACAGUCGCUGCUGCUCUCAAUGCUGUGUUUUCCGCCUGCUUGUCCCUAGCACCCAACAUUGUUGUCUUUUUGCUGCUGUUUGUUUUCAAAGGUGUUUGUUUUGGAAUGCUGCUUGUGGCGCCAAUGUCACUGAUUGGCUUCUAUUUCAAAAAGCGACGAUCUUUUGCAUCAUCAAUUGCUACAGCUGGAAUGUGUGUGGCCUUUAUACUGUUUCCACCAAUUACGGAAAGUCUUCGCAUGCAGUUUGGGAUGCGAGGAAGUUUCCUGGUCAUUGCGGCCAUAGAACUGCACAUGCUGGCGUGUGGUCUGCUCUUGCGUCCGGUUGAGAGUUACAAGAGAGUCUAUAAAUUGAGACAGAAACAAAAACUUCUAAAGGAUGAGCAACAGUUUCAAUUAUCCCAGACUUACACAGGCCCCAGAAGUAAUUCUACAACAAGUAAAGACAUAUCACCGUCACAGACUGACGAAAAUAUUGAUGACAAAGCAAAAGAAGACGAGACAUUACUAAAUCAAGUUAACGAUAUUUACAGAGAUCGCUUGCUUUCUGAUUCAAGCUAUAGUAAACUACAACACGAAGAUGGCCCCUCUUCAGUAGAAAUUUCUUAUACGUCGGGUAGCUCACCAAUUCAGUUCACCAACCUCAAAGACGGGGACAGCUCAUUAGUUCGGUCACGGGAUAACGUUGAUGCCAGGAGGCAAGCGAGGAAAAGGAGCAUAGACUUUGAGCGCCAGGCAAGCCAGCUAAGUGCCAUUAGUAUGACUGAGUUGGCGUACAUUGCCCCUGAAACAAUUGAUGAAGAAGUAGACGAAGAAGAAACAGAACAGGUGCUCAGCAAGAAGCCGAAAAGAUCCAUAUGUUCCAGGCUGUUGACCACUUUUAUCGACGUCUCUUUGUUUAAGAUCUGGAGGUUCCGAAUGAUGAUGGUUUUCAUACUACUGUCUGUCUUCGCCCAAUACACGAUUAUCUACAUGCCGGUCAUCUGCUCCACCAUUCAGAUCAGCAAGGCCGACGCCGCCAUCUUGAUGACCAUGAGCGGAGUAAUGGACCUAGUGACGCGGGUCAUCACGGGGUUUAUUGGAGACUUCAAGUUUGUGUCAAAGCCAAAGUUAGUCACGUUCAGCCUACUUGUUCUUGGAACAGUAUGCCACACAAUUCGCUUCUUCACAAAUUACACGACAUUCAUUGUCUAUGCAAUUCUGAUUGGUGUCUUCGGAGGAAUUCGGCAAAAUUUCUUCAACAUAAUGCUCAUUGAUUACGUGGGUGUCCAGAAGAUGGCCAAGGCUUAUGGUUUGGCAUCGACUCUUGCCACUUUGAUGCUGUCCAUAAACCAUCCGAUUGUAG